UAGACGCGGCGUUGCUUCGAAACGUUGCAGCCGACCUUGUCCCCGUCGCCUGCUGCCUUUGGGCUCGGUUUCGAAAUCGUGUUGUCGUCGUUUUUUGUAUUGAUCCGCAGUUCAGCUCGUCCCAACCCAGGCAGGCGCAUGCUACUGGCUGGUAGUUACGGGCUAGCUGUGGCACAGACGGCCAGAAGACGGAGGGCAGCCUUCCCGUUUACCGAUCGCUGCUCAGUGUUGCUGUGAUGUUUUUUCUAUAAUCCAACUAAGUCUAUGUACACCCUUGAACGUAACCUACUUUCGGGCUGCCCCUCGAUUUCCAGUGGCUUCUACACACAACAAACACAGAUAAUUGUUGCUGUGGCCGUUACGACUGUUAAGCUCUGAGGAGCGAACAGUACACGGCGCAGCUCUAUGGAGUGGAAGGCGGUGACCGCUAGGCCUCGUGGGUUGAGUGCUCUCCAGCGUUUACAGGGGAUGGGUCAGAUCUCGGUGGACUCAGUAGCUGGCUCCAUUAAGCAGGUGUUGAUCACUACCACUGUCUUCGAACGGCUUCCGAAAAAAAUUGACACAUUCACUAUCCUUGAUUGGUGUAACUGUCAUCAUUUGUGAACGCAGUAACAAAGCCGAAAGGCUACAUUAAUAAAGAGAUCAAACUACACCAGAACAAAGGUGUACAUAGCAGACUGCAGGAACUGUAGCCUGACUACAAAGCAACAAUACAAGCUUAUUCCUACCGCAGUGCGAAGAGUACUUCGAGACGAAGUCUGUGGAUUAGCUUGCCGCCAAUCUGGCGGCGCCCAUGACGGACUGUCUCGUGUCAUCUGGUGGCCUCGGGGGCGGUCCUGGCAUCAGCGUGGCCGGCGGCGGCAGUAGUAGCAGCAGCGGAGGCGGCGGAGACGGUAGUGGUCCUGGGGACCAGGAACAACCUCAUCUGUCGCCCGCCCUGGAGAUGUUCGCAGCAGCGGCUGCUGCAGCAGCUGUAGCCGCUUCAAACGUGUCCACUAUCGCUGGAAGCGCAGCUACUGUUCCGUCGACUGCCGCUACAACUGUGAGCACCUCCUCCAACAUCGGCAGCAUGGACCCGACGCCCAUAACCAGCAAUCCCGGUAGUCAGAGUAGCCUUCGACACCAUUCACCACCAUCGACGUCAUCGUCGCCAUCAACAGCAUCGGACACCUCUGUCUCCGGUACUUGCGGAAGAUUUAAUGAUAAUAAAGUUGAAGGUGAUGGCUGUUGCGCCAUAGCGGCGACUACCAUCAACACCUCAAACUCUGGCGCAACGUGCAUUGCCGGAAGCGGCCGUAUCCGAGAAAAACAUCUCAUGCAAUUGAUCAAUUCGGACCCAUUAGAGCCGUUCGGAUACGGCCCCAGCCACGAACAACAACAACAACAGUCGCAAUCUCAGCUUCAUCCCUUAAGUUCUGAUGGCGGUGACGAAAGCCAUAGUGAAAUCGAUAACGUGACUGGCAGCGGUGUAAGCUCCGUUGACGAUAAUAGCGCCAUUGGUCUUGACAGCUUUGGUAACAACAUUGAGAAAGUACCGGAACACAACAACCUUGACCAGGAAAAUCAAGAUGCCCUGGCUGCUGUUUUGAACGCUUCGGAGAAUCAAAAGGAUCUGAUAAUGAUGGUCUACAAGAAGCUGCAGCAGGAACAACAGGAACGAGAAAGAAUGAAGCGUUUACAAAUGCUCCGAAAGUCAGUCGCUGCGGAGUCUGCUCAAAGCAUCGAAAGCAAGCUGCAACAGGCGUCGCAGCAGCAGCUUCGUCAACAACACUUGCACAGAGAAGGUGACGAUAAACAACUACUGCAGCAAAUGCGAAAUGAACGCGACAACGGGCAGAGUCCCGUUGCAACCGCCGCUUUAGAUUCAACAUCCAUUGCUGCAACUACUCUCAGCGGCCUUCUUGAGAACCUUAAUAGUUGUACGGAAGUCGGAGGCGUCGAUGUCGACGAGAAGCUGCUAAUGCGACUAAUGCGAAAUUCAACAACCCAAGUUAAAAGCGUUAACGAUAUCGCACCGGUCGCCGAUACUCUGACUACUAGUAACAAAGCGCUCGGUAGCAAUGGCGGUAGGCGUGAUGGACAUCAUUCACCGAGACCGCAACAUCACGACCAUCUUGGCAGUAACCAUGACAACGUACUCGGUAACCUUGAACGCGCCGACGAUGUCGGAGAUCUUAACGAAGGUGAAGUCGGCUGUGUUGCUAUCGCGGUUACCACAACGGAAAUCAGUGCCGCUCGAAGCAUUGGUUCGACUUCGCAAACUUCCUAUCAAAGUCAUAUUGCGCCUACUGCAAAUGUUGGAAGCUUCCUAAUGGACGAUCACGAUGAAGAUGAACUUAUCGGUAGUCAUCACGACGAGGAUGAUGAUGAAGAAGAUAAUGACGAUUUAUUAGGCGGUAGUCUGGAAGGCGACGAUGAUGAUGGGGUCGGAUCGGGUGGAGGCGGCACCGGAGGUGACGGUGUUUGUGGGGUCUGCCGUGAAGCAUAUAGUCAGCCACCGCGUGUGCUCAACUGUUUGCAUGUAUUCUGCGAAGCAUGUUUGGCCAAGCUUCGUUCGAAGAAGAGACCGGCAGCGGUGUCAAACUUUGGCCAGAUGUCGACGAAGGCACCAGUCGGUGGAGGUUUUGUCGUACGCUGCCCGAAGUGCCAGGUGGAAACGGAAUGUGCUCAUGGCGUUCAGACGCUUCCGCUCGACUACGUCCUCAUUAAUCGUCUCGAUACUGAAGCCAUUUACAAGAGGACAGCCGUUUGCACCAGUUGCAAGAGUGAGGACAGUGCAAUCGCUCGCUGCCAGGAUUGUUCAAAUUUCUUGUGCUCCAACUGCCGAAAGGCGCACUCAUCGAUGUUAUGCUUCGAGAACCACAAAGUAGUAUCAUUUGAAACGUUUGAUCAGGAGCGAGCCCAGAUCCACCGCGCCGUGAGCUGUCUUAGACACCCUCGCAAAGUCGCAGUCCUUUACGAUCCAGUCUGUGGAACAGUUAUGUGCAAUGACUGUUUGGUGGCAGGACAUCAGGGCCACGGCUGUAAAAAAGCUUUGCACUUCGAUUCUCGUGAAAGGACUGAGCUUCAGAGUUUGCUCAACGAUGCACGUCAGAAAUUCAACGCCUUUGAUGACGCAAACGAUGCGUUAACCACAUCGCUGUCGGAGCUUCAAUUGACGCGUGAUUCCGUGCGUUCAUCAAUAGAGGAAACUUUCAUUACGUAUAAGAACCUUUUAGAACGCGCGAAGGACGUGGCUCUUGAGGAACUUGAAAAGGUACACUCCUCGCAGGAGAUGCGGGUUAUGGACGAUAUACAGCAGUGUCAGGAAUCAAGGGUACAUCUUGAACAUGCGCUCGCUUUCGCCGAAAAACUGGUGAAAUACGGAGAUGCCAGCGAAUUUUUGGCACUUAAAACACUUGUAACUUCGCGAGUGCGGAAGCUUACUUGCAGUUGUCCCCAAAGCAAGGAUCAAGGGGAGCUGCGAUUCGUCACCGAUGAAGCAAAGUUUGCGCAGGCAGUGCGCACGCUCUUCGGGCACGUUGUACCAACAAGCGGAUCUCGGCAGCAGCAGCACCAGCACCAGCAGCAGCAGCAGGAAAAUAACCUUCUGCAAACCGUACAACCACCUUCAAGCGAUAAUACCAUUGGAGGCCUGGAUUCAAGUCACAAUAGCGUAUCAAGCGUUGGCAGUGGAACAGCUGGCAGUUUGUUGAGUUCACCAUUCGCGCCUGAUAUCAGCAAUACGAGUGCGGCCGGUCUUUUACCAUCGGAUAUUGUGGACGCAGUGAACUCAUCGGCUUCAAGCAUGGUACCUCCGGGUCCACACUUCGGCUCUCUCGAACACGCAGCCAGCGGAGUAGUCCAUCCAAUUUUGCCGCCUGGUGGACCACUAUCAGCAGGUGGUCCACCGUCUUUACCUGCUCUUGAUCCUAUUGUGGCUCCAGCAGAGAUAAAUGAACUUCGUUCAGCACUUGCACAGUACGGGCUUGCAACGCUGGCGGGAGUGGAACAGGUUGAUGUUCUUCCGACCCCCGACGUGCUUCCAUUACUCGUGCGCGAUGUAGCUACGGGGCCUCGAGGUAUGGUUGUAGGUGGGGAAUCUAGCCGAAUCGGACCGCCCACCGGUCCACCUUCGGCGGUAUCCUCUGGUCCCACUGAGGAAGAGAACCAUCUCAUGAACAACCUGUCAGCAUUAGCCAAGAUGGGCCCGAUGGGACCGGCUUCGUACGCUGGGAGCCCCGUGCCUCUAAAUGGACAUGGAGCCCCUCUUCGUGGUGGGUCCGGACCUGUUGCUCCCUUGGCAAUUGCUGCAGGUCCCCUCUCAGCGGGUCUUGAUGCCAGUAGUUGCGCACCAGGACAACGAAGCCCAACCUCAAGUGUCGCUAGUGUGACUCUCUCUUCGUCAACGCCUGGGCCUGCUAUAAAUGUAAGCAGUACAGGAAACAGCUCUAGCGGAGGAAGCAGCGCCGGUCGUGGAACACGCGUGACUCCUAUGCAUAUUCGCAUUAAGUUCGGCCAACUUGGAUCAGGGCCGACGCAAUUCUCGUCCCCACACGGUUUUUGUCUGGGACCCAACGAGGAGAUUGUUGUGGCAGACACGAACAACCACCGGAUGCAAAUUUUCGAUAAAGCAGGUGAAUUAAAGAGUGAGUUCGGCACUCAGGGCAAGGAAGAAGGUCAGCUCUGGUAUCCUCGAAAGGUGGCUGUCAUGAAGUCCACUGGAACAUACGUCAUCUGCGAUCGCGGAAACGAACGAAGCCGCAUGCAGCUGUUCACCAAAAAUGGAGAAUUUAUCAAAAAGAUCGCAAUACGAUAUAUUGAUAUUGUCGCCGGGUUAGCGCUGACCAGUGACGGACGCAUUGUGGCUGUGGACUCCGUCUCUCCGACGGUGUUUGUAAUUGCCGAGACCGGUGAUCUGCUGCUCUGGUUCGAUUGUAGCGAGCAUAUGCGGGAACCCUCUGACAUCGCCGUUUGGGGCACAGAGUUCUACAUCUGUGACUUCAAGGGACACUGUGUCGUUGUGUACAAUGAGUGCGGCAGCUUUUUGCGGCGAAUUGGGGGUGAAGGCUUGACAAAUUUCCCUAAUGGAAUCGACAUAUCCGACCAUGGUGACAUUCUUGUCGGCGAUUCGCACGGAAACAGGUUCCACAUUGUGGUUUUCAAUCGGGAUGGACAGGCGAUUAGCGAAUUCGAAUGUCCGUACUGCAAGGUGAGCCGCUGCUGCGGACUGAAGAUCACCUCUGAAGGAUACGUGGUCACGUUGGCUAAGAAUAAUCACCACGUGCUUGUCCUUAACACGCUGUACAUCACCUGAACGCAAAUCUGCGAUUUGCAAGAACCUAUCGUUUGGAACCUACGUUAGAAGGAAUUAAUACUUAAUGAAAAACAGACUAUACGUGUGACUAGCUCAGCUUAGAAAUAGCUGAAUGA